AUGGGUAGACCAAGAUUGGAUCCUGAUAUCAGGCAUUGGACUAGAGGUGGUGUUAGAAGUAGUAGAGGUGGUGCAAGGGGUAGUAGAGGUGGUAUAGGGAGUAAGAGAGGUGGUGCAGUGGGUAAGACAGCUGGUGCAGUGGGUAACAGAGGUGGUGCAGUGGGUAACAGAGGUGGUAAAGGUAGUAAAAGAGGUGGUACUAGUGGUGGUAGGGGUGGUAAGACAUCUGCUGGAGUGGCUGAGGUUGAAGGUGGUGGAGUGGCUGAGGUUGAAAAUGAGGAUGACACUAUUCCUGAAAAAUAUUUAGUCCAUCUAUGGAAGGCAAUGCAAGAUUUGAAAGAAGAGGAGGAUCCACCUCAGACUGAGACACAAGAUGGUGCUGAAGAAAUUAUCCCUGAGACAAAACCAGAAAGCGAAGAAGAAGAAGAAGAAGAAAAGAAGAAGAAGAAGAAGAAGAAGAAGGCAUUAAUGACACCCAGGAAUUACCAGUACACCUUAGGAUUGUGA